GGAGGUCGGGAAGGGAGGGGUCGGCGCAUGCGUGUAGCAGUAGCUGAGGAGGGGGGGUCGGCAGCAGGCUCGGGCGCGUCUUAGUGGUUGGUUGGCUUGCGGUGCGGGAGCCUCAGUUGUCGCUGGAGUAGGAAACUGCAAUGGAGAGUACAGUAUCAGUCACUUGCUUUUUAUCAUUUUCCAUACUGAUGUGUGAAAGUUAUCAUCAUGGAGUGGAGACAGCUUCUGUUGUGCAGACAGCAGAGAAAACUUUUCCAGAAAAGGCAGCUGGCAUCAAUACUGACUUGGCAGGGCUAAUACAAAGACUUCACCUUCAAGAACUUUUCCAUCGUUAUGGAGAAAACAACACUCUGACGAUUGAAGGAUUUAGAAAACUGCUCCAGAACAUAGGUAUAGAUAAAAUAAAAAGGAUUAAAGUAGACCAUUACCGUGACCAUCAUCUUCAUCAUAAUCAUGUUGCAUCAAGUAAAAACUCUGAGAAGACUGUUUGCCCAAACCAUGAAUAUGAUGCUAACAAAGAUCCCAUGAACAGUCACUUACAGGAACUGCACAAAGUAGAAAAUACAGAACAUGAGCAAAACUUUGUACACAGCAAGAACACUGUUAAUGAAAUAACUGCAUCUAUCAAUACUACUCCCACAGGUGGCAACUCUGAAUUACAGAAUUUGGGAACUGGAGAAGUGAAGUCAGUUGCUCAUUUAGAUCUGACUAACGCUACUAAUGCUACAGACAGCGGUAAUACAAGUUGGCUUGCUAAUGGAAAAGCAAAUGAAUCUUUUAUUUUUCCAAAGGAAUUGGAAGGAGGAAGUUACCUGUAUUCUAAAUUUAAAAACCAAAAUACCCAAGAGUGUUCCAAUGCAUCAAAACUGAUGCAGUCCCAUGGCAUAGGCACUCAAGUGUGGUUGACUGCUACAGAAUUUAGUUAUCUCUGUCCAGCUAUUAUUAAUCAGAUCGAUGGCAAAUACUGCAUAGUCCAUGCAACUAGUGAAAAAGCUGAAACUCCUCCAAAAGGUUACUCUUUGCAAAUAGCUUGGAUUGGUGGCUUUAUAUCAAUCUCUGUCAUCAGUUUUCUUUCCUUACUGGGUGUUAUAUUGGUACCUCUGAUGAAUCGUGUAUUUUUCAAGUUUCUCCUAAGUUUUCUUGUGGCAUUGGCUGUUGGAACUUUAAGUGGAGAUGCUUUCUUACAUCUUCUUCCACAUUCUCAUGGAAACCAUCACCAUCACCGUGAAAAACCUCUACUUGAACAAAACAAAGGCUCUCUCUUCAAACAUCUUGUUUUUCAAAGUCUAGAAGAGAGUGCUUACCUGGAUUCCACAUGGAAGGGACUUACAGCACUUGGAGGCUUAUAUUUCAUGUUUCUGGUGGAGCAUUUGAUCACUUUAAUAAAGCAGUUUAAAGACAAGAAGAAAAAGAAAAGAAAUGAAGAUGAUGGAGAAAGUAAGAAGUUUUCAGCGAAUGAAGAGAUGUUGGAUCCAGAUGAUCGGCCUGAGGGCUAUCUAGGGACAGAUUCACAAGAUCCAUCGCCCUUCAUUUCUCAGCAACCAGCAGUACAAGAAGAAGAAGAAGAAGUUAUGAUAGCUCAUUCUCACCAAGAGGAGGUUGACAAUGAAUAUGUAUCCAGGGGCUGUAGAAACAAAUGUCACUCUCACUUGCAUGAUACUUUAGGACAGACGGAUCAUCUUAGUCAUCAUCAUCAUGACUACCAUCACAUUCUGCAUCAUCACCAUCACCAGAACCAUCAUCCACACAGUCACAGUCAGCGGUAUUCACGUGAAGAACUGAAGGAUGCUGGGAUAGCAACUCUGGCAUGGAUGGUGAUUAUGGGAGAUGGACUACACAAUUUUAGUGAUGGCCUUGCAAUUGGAGCAGCCUUUACCGAAGGGUUAUCUAGUGGUUUAAGUACUUCUGUGGCUGUAUUUUGCCAUGAAUUGCCUCAUGAGCUAGGAGAUUUUGCUGUGCUUCUAAAAGCUGGUAUGACCGUCAAACAAGCUGUGCUUUAUAAUGCUCUGUCAGCUAUGCUGGCCUAUCUUGGAAUGGCAACGGGGAUUCUUAUUGGUCAUUAUGCAGACAAUGUUUCAAUGUGGAUAUUUGCCCUUACUGCUGGCUUAUUCAUGUAUGUGGCACUUGUGGAUAUGGUGCCUGAAAUGCUCCACAAUGAUGCUAGUGAUCAUGGAUGUAGCCGCUGGGGAUAUUUCCUAUUACAGAACGCUGGGAUUCUGCUGGGUUUUGGGAUAAUGCUGCUUAUCUCUGUAUUUGAACAUAAAAUUGUAUUCAGCAUAAACCUGUAGUCUUGCUUGCCAGGAGCAAAGCUUAGUGUUAAAUUAUGAUUGGUAUACCUUUCCCCACUUCUCCCCCUUUCCCCCCCCUCCCCAUUAAAUUUUGUAAUGCAGAGCUAGGCUUGAUGUAGACUAGAUAUUUUUGUUGACGUGUUGGUUUUUUUCCCCCCUCCAAAGUAGAAAUGAAUCCUGUGUAAAAUUUUUUAUUCAGUUUAGUGUUGCAUAUGGUACUGUGGAAAGUUACACUUAGUAAAGCAUGGUGAACGUAUCAAAUCUAUUAAAGGAGCUUCAUCAUUUGGGGAGAGGGGAUCUUUAAAAUUUUUUGUGAAUUUAUCUACUGUAUGUAACUAUAUGAAACUGGCAUUUUCUUACUUGAAUAGUUUUGCUGGUAUAAACAAAUAAAAUGACAGUGGUUUUUAUUAUACCACAAUCAAAAACAGGCAAUACAAAGCUCAGGGAGCAGUGUUAAACAAGAAGACAACAUGUCAUGAGUAGUAUAUGUUUGGUAGUAAUUCACUUCUGUUUCCAUCUAGUCUACAUGGAAUGUCAUAUGGGUCCACUUCCACCUUUUUGAGGUGGUUCUACUCAGAAUAGCUCGUGGGUUCUUUGUUUCUUCAUUCUGGUUAAUUUCCACUCCAAGUGAUUUCAUGUGAAAUCCUGUUUUAAGUGUUUGUACCAAGUAAGUUUUACUUGUUUGAUCUCUUUUGAUAUGAGAUGAUCUUUACUGAUUUCUUAAGUGAGCAACAAAACUACAGCUAUAAUAUUAGCUAUAAUAUUGUAAAAGCAUAGCUAUGUCUCUAAUAUACUCAAAUUCCAUCAAAAAGAGUUUUAAAGUAGAGAUAUAUUGCAUUAAUGCUGCCUGAAACAGCAAAAUUGUGUUACACUCAGGUUUUGAGGGAAGGAGUGCUAUAGACUGAGACAACAGUCAUUUACUACAGCAGCUUUCUUAGUGUUGAUAUACUCUGGGAAUUAGCUGACUAGGAGAGCUUACUGGUUCUAGUUCAAUAUGCUUGCAUGCUAUAAACUUAGGCUGUGCAAAACAACUACAUUCUUUGCAAUAACUUAAGCUGACUCAUCCAAAAAAGGAAAAACUCUUUGACAGCAUAUAUAGGGAAGCAGCAUAUGAAAUUGAGAUUAAUUAUUGCUAAUGUAAUAUGUAGAUUGAGCUUACUGUCUACAGUUUAAGAUUUUAACCAUCCUGAAAGUAACUGAGGGAAGAAAGGAUGAAAAAAGUGUUAUAAAAAUCUUGUGUUUGCAGGGAAGACAGGCAAACAUUAGUUCACAUAACAUCUCUUAACUCUUAUAUAAUGAAGAAGAAAUUGUCUGAACCAUGCUGUCUUAAUUAACUAGCAUUUAAAAACUGGAAACAAAACCAUUAGAACUUAUUUCUGAUCUGAGUUUACCACUACUUCAAAUCACAAGCUGAAUGAAAAGCUUAAAAAGGAAGCAUUUGAUAAUGCCAUGUCUGACAGGUUAAAUGGUCUGACAUAUGUUUGUCCUGCAUAAAAUUAAAAUGAAAACUACCACAUCGCUUCAGAAAUAGAUAUUUCAAAUGCAUUGAAAGAUUUUUACCACUUAAAAAACAAGGUUCUUAGGAUUUUCUGCAGCCAAUGGAAUAUUACCUUUUCCUCGUCCUUUGGUCUUUCCUCAGAUUAACUAGAUUGAGAUUUAAUCUUCUUUGCAUAUUUAUAAAAUGCUGUUUUAUCAAUGUUUCUUAAGAAAGCUGAAAUAAUCAGCAUAGAUCUGUUAGGGUUUUAAUGUCAGUGUUGGAGCUCAUAUUGAUGAUUUAUGUAAGGAUGGAUUUUUGUUUCAUUUUUUGUGAAGAAUUGUUACCAAAUUUAAAAAAAAAAUAGAAUAAGCAAUGGAUUGAACUUUGUUUCUAUGCUUAAGAACAAAGUGUGCUCAGUAGGAGACCUUACAGCACUACUGUAACUUAUGAGCAAAGGAAAAAGAAGCAAAUAAAGGUCACUUUUCCUGUCUUA